CAAACGCCCGUCCUUCCUGUUGCCAAGCGAAGAAGACACCAAACAGGGCCCGCCAUGAUGGCAGAGGAUGAGAUUGUGGAGGUGCGCGCACUGCCGGAUCGCGUCGUGGACCGAGCAACCCACCAUGCUGGUGGGAGCAAUGGAGAGCUGUCGCUGACAGAGCGCAUCGGCCGUGACAGACACGACCGCCACAUCUCUGCGUGGAACAAACUGCAUGCAGACCUCGCGGCCGUCCGAGAAGAGGUGGACGAGCGCAUUAUGGAGCACAGCCAGCGUGCAAGGCAAAAGAUCUUGGAGAGCGAUGAGGAAGCGAGGGAGCUGCUUGCCCAGCUGCAGGACGACCGUGCACUGCGCACCAUGUCAUGGCAGCAAGUGGUCAUGUGUCGCACCAUGAUCACGGAGCAUCUGCAGGGCUGCAACUCCAUCAUCGACACACUCUACAACACGCUCAUGGAGAUUGAGGCCCAGCGCGUGGAAAAGCUGCGCGGGGUGCUGCGCGAUGCGCACCGCUUGAUUGUCUCCAUUGCGCACGUGCUCCCGUCAGAGGCAGAUCGCAUGGUGUACGCCGAAGCUGAGGAGAUCAAUCGCACAAUGCUCGACAACUAUGUUGCAUACGCGGAUGUAAAGGCGCAGCUUCUUGCUGAUCGCGUGAACAUGGAGGAACACAUGGACGUGCAGUGGGAAAUCCUUUCCGAACGGUGGAAGCACUUCAAGGAGCAAGACUUGACCCAGCAAUGCUUGGACACCAUUCUCGAUCUCACAGCUUACGAUGAACAACGCUGUUUGCGCUUGGAUCAAUUCAACCGCGACCUGCACGAUCUCAUGCAAACCAGGAUUGAGCUGAUGAAGAGCGCCGCGCACCUCUCGCCCGCGUUUGCUGCAGCCAGCGAAUAUGACGCAAGGCUGCAGGCGUGGCAGGCAGACAUGCGGAACAUCCACAACACAUACGCGCAGAUGCACCACACGCUUCGCUCAGACCUGCAGCGGCUCCUGCAGGAGAAACAGGACGAGUGCAACGCUGCGGUGACGUCGUGCCUGCGGUCGCUGGUCGACGAGAACGUUUGCAGCCCUGAGCGGGCACGGCUGCUGGUGGACAGGGAGUGCAGACAUGCGUGUGUUGUUGUGCUGCGCGACAGCCACAAGGAGACGGAAGCUUUUGUGCAAGCCCUGGAUGAUGUGUCUGCGACGCUGCACGCGGAGGCCGAUGCGCUGACAGAGAUUUGUCGAAGUCUGUAUGAGCAGUGGACGGAGUGCGGGCAGAUGGUGGCACAGCAGGAGGAUGCUGUUGUUGAGAAGAUCCACGGCCUGCGCUCACUGCUACGCCAGAGGCAGGCGGAGACGGAGCAGGCACUUGACAUGAAGAUUGACGCGUUGCGGCAGGCCGGCAGCAAAGACGCCCUUGCUGGGCUCAAGCGCGCUGUUGAGACGCAUCUCACGCAGGCGAAGAAGCUGCUGGAGGAGUAUGGUGACAGCGCAAAGGGUGUCCCAACCACGCACCCAACCAAGAUUAAAGCGCAGGCUGAGGCGUACUUUGAGCGCGUGGAGGCAAUUCUGGGCGUCGUUCGUCUCUCUGAGAAGGCGGCUGACCGUGAGGCGGAUCCACGCCACAUUGUUCGCGCACAUGGACGCGAUUUCCGCAUGAAGCGGCGGCGCUGGGCGCCCACCCUCAUCGGCGUGCGCAACCACGCACCCGUCUCCAGCUCACAGUCACGCACGUCCUCACGUGGAAGCACGCGCACACGCGCGAGCGAAGUGCAGGGCGGGGAGAAGCGCGCGGUGUUUCUGAGCACGCUGCCAAAGCUGCGGCGGGUCGUGAGCCGUGUUGACUCCACGGUUGCUGUUGAUGAGGCGGAGGUGGCCAAGGAGCGGCGAGAGCGAGGCCUACAGCCGCCAGGGAACAGAAGAAGUACAGGAAGAAACAGCACAAACAGCGUGGCCGUGGUGGGCGAGCUUGGCUCUCUCACCGUCACGCCGCGGCGACGGAGCCGAGUGCGGGCAAGCGCACAAACGAUGAUGACGACAGUCAGCGAGGUGACGAAUGGUGGCAACAGUCGGGUGCGGCACACCGCAGAUGCAACCGCCUCUGAAGCAGGCGGGAGCCAUGCCGGACGCGGCAGCGACACGCAGAGGACAGCAGCAAACGUCGUGGUUGUUGAGGACCACGAUGAUGAUGAUGAUGAUGAUGGUGAUGGUGAUGGCGACGCAGCUGUGGGUCUGCGUGAGGAUGACGAGUAUGAUGAAGUGCUGGAUGAGCGCGAUGAGUUCGGCGGUAACGGCAUGGAAGACGAAGGCGUUGAAGAGGAGGACGCAGAUCUUAUUGGGCUGGAUGACGCAGAGCGUGAGCAGCGGAGGCUGGAUCCACUCGCCCGUCCCUUUGUUCGCCAGCACAUUCCUGCCGUCCGCCUUGCCUCUGACGUUGCUGCCAGGGAGGUUGUCCACAACAUUGCGCUCUCCGAGAACGAUGCACUCAAGAUUUGGGCGCACAUUUGCAGCUCAUGGCUCUCUCACGCGGACGAUUUUCAAGCAGAGAGUGUGGAGCAUGCAGAGGAGUUUUCGACUGCGCGCCGCCGGGAAGUGGAGGCGGAGGUGGAUGCGGCCAUUGAAAUGCACGACGGGCGCAUGCGGCGUAUCGAGGAAGAUGUGCACAAUGUGCGGGCGGCCGAGUUGAUGAUGCACCAGCAUCGCGUGUAUCAGCACAGCCAGGCCGUCGAACAGGAGCUAUUGCAGGAGAAAGACAGGUCGGGCGAGCUUCAGCAGCAGUUGAAUCGGGAGGCGCUUCAGUUUGAGCGAGCGAUUGAUCUCGCCUGUGGCGAACUCUGCUCAAAACGGUCGCGCAAGGAACUGCAAAUGCACAAGGAAGCGAUUGAGGAUCAGUAUCGCGGAUACCGCAAGGUGAUUCGGGAAGCGCUCAUCCAAUACAGAAAGUCCCUGGAUGUGUUUCUGCGUCGCUUGAAGGAGAGCAACGCGUCAUUCCGCGCAUCUUUUCGCUCCUUCACGGAGAACGGAAACUUCAGCUCAGAUGAAAUUGUGCAAUACAAGCAGGUGAUUACGCACGUGUUCUCGCGAAUCGAUCAGAUUGAGGGCGACAUUCUCACCGAGCUGGAAGGUCUGGAGUCGUCAUUUAUGGCGCAGGCGAACGGGCACAUGGAGCGGUUCCAGAACGACUACACCAUCCACCACCGCGACGUGUCAUUGCUGGAGGACACCCGCCACAUGAUCAGCACGUGCAAGGUCAAGAUUCAGUCCGAAAUCAACAAGUGCGACUCUGCCUUCAAGAAGCUUGAGGCGACAUUUGCGCAGCUGGACAAGAUCAAGCGCGAUGUGACGGGCGAAGCAGAUCGCAUCUUCUCCCUCAUGAAGGCCCUCAGUGACGGUGUGAUUGAGCAGGCAGCCUACCUCAACUGCAUCAAGCAUGGUGCCCCGCACAGCUAUCACGGCGAGCGCAGCGGCAGCGCACGUGCCAGCCGCUUGAGUGCCGCCUCGCACGCGUCCAAGGGUGCGCGCCAGUCAACAGCAAAGUCCACAAAGAGCACGGGCAAGCGCAAGGGCCAGAGCUCGAAGCAACCUGUCGCCAAUGGCAGGAACACGGUGCCAGUCGCUGUGCGUGGUUUGCGGUUGAUGGUAGAAGACUGGAUUCCGGGGCGUCCUGACUCGUUUAUGCACACCAUCACCAGCCACCGCAUCACAUGCCGAUCAGCCAUCAUCCACCUCGCUGUUCCCUUCUACGAGAAGGGACACGCACGCCACACACUGCGCCCACUCGAGAUCCGCGAAACCAUCCAAUCCUACAUGGACAACGUUCAGGACAUUUUGAACGAGCUCGACGAUCGCGCGCGCACGUAUUACGAGAAGGCUGUGCAGCUGCUGAUUGAUUUGCUCGCCCGCAUCAACUCCAUGUUUAUGGUCAGCACGCGGGCCGUGUUUGAGAACAUCACGUUCAAGUGCGUGUCGCAGCACACGAAUGCGAUGCACGCCCUGCACGGCGACUCCCUGGCAAAGAUGCGCAAGGCGUGGACGCAGCAGCACCAGCAGCACAUGGCACGGCUUCGUCCACAGCUUGCGCACCCCGCGCUUGCUGAUGACUUGCAGCAGUUGGACAAGGAAGAACACAAACGUAUACAAGACGUUGAUUCCGCCCUGCACGCGCUGACCGAGCAGUCUGUCGAGGCAGAUGACGACGCGCUGACGACGUUUGUGAAUGAUAUGAACCAAAUGGUGCACAAUCUGUGCAACAUCUUCGAGGACGUUCUCAACCCCAACGAACUCUACUUGCCGUCACGAGAUCCGACUGCACCUCCUGAGGUUGCAGAGCAGCGGCAGAAGGGGCGUUUCCCGCUCAUUGUGACGGGGCAGGUGAUGCCUGGAAAGCACCGCCGCCUCACAUCCGCGCACGGCGUGGGCAUGCUCAGCACAAGCCUGCACCACCGCGCAAUAGAAGCGCGUGAUGCCAGUGUGCAGGUGGCACGCGAGCACUUUGCAGCAGCAAGCAAGUCCCGCGAACAGACAUGGGAAGACGUCAGGGCUGGGCUGCAACUUGAGCAGACAACGUGGUCUGACACCAUCUCCCGCAUUCGUUCCCUCACAGAGGACCAGGCGUGAUGGCGCCAUGGGAGCCAUGCCCAGCGAUGUAUUGUGUGCUCUGCUGCGUGGUGCAAUUGUGUCAAUGUCACACCAGCGUUAUUGAUGUGCUUUAUUCAGUAAACGUUUCUGGCA